AUGCUGAGCUGGCAGCGAGCCGUCGAUGACGACUCGGCCUCCCAACGGUCUGUCGAGCUUGAUCCAGCGACUGCGACAGCACGACGGCGGCAUCUGGACGCUGGAUGCCCACCAAAGACCCCUGCCUGGCGCGCUGGCCCCGGUCCAGCCCAGACCAUCUGGGCACCCACCGGCUCAUCCUUGCUCAUCCUUGCUUGUGGCUGCAACACCGACCACAGACCAGCAUCGCCUUGCCUCGUCAACGGUCCAAUCCCUUCGCCCUAUCCCACCCCGCCUCCAGCGUCGCCGGCUCCUGUGCCUGGCCCUAACCUUCUCGUCCACAACGACAAGGCGUGCUGA